AUGCGUUUCUAUCGAGAGAUGUGUAGAGAACCGGGAAGUCCUUUGGUUCAAAUUUCGAAUAGAAAUGAAGAACGGGAACAGUGCGACAUUACAAGGAACGUUAGAGUACAACAGCUGGAAUUGAAGAAAAAGCACUGCAAAGGCCCUUUGCCAAAUAACGUUCACACUGGCGAAUGUCAACAAUACCAAUCUUUGGAAAUGUCGGAAAUGAAAAUAGGGUUAAAUUUACGUGAUAAUUGUAUCAUGUUAAAAAACUGGAACAUAUGUUGCGUGGAGAACAUUUUGUCGAUAACUGGAAAAAUUCGUUUAUUAUUAAGAAAUUUCUUGAAUAAAGCAGAUUUUUGUGAUGUUGGUGUUCCUUCAUUCAAAUUAGGAAUUUACAAAUGUUCAGGAUUAGAGAAAAAAUGCGAGUUGGUUCCUGUAAAAGAAGUUGCCCAUAAAUGUUUUGAAUGCCUGUCUGCAGAUUGCUUACUGCAAAUAAUGUAA